CACUCUCCUCCUCUCCCGCUCUCUCUCUCUCGCUCUCUCUCUUUCUCUCUCUCCAUCUCGCCUGCUCAGUGCUGAGCUGCAUCCCGGGAGCUAUCCAGUGCUGAACCAGAUUGGCUUGCCUUCUCUCUGUCUUUUUUUUUCCCUGAGCGAGAGGGAGGGAGCUUGUGUGUGUGUGUGUGUGUGCGUGUGUGUGUGUGUGCGUGUGUGUGAGGACAGCACACGCAACAGCAGCGUCAGCGUCAGCCUCCAGUUCGUUUCCAUCCUCUGCUCUCAGUUCCAGGAGCGUCUGCACGCGCGCGUGUGUGUGUGUGUGUGCGUGUAUGUGUGUGUUUCAUUUCGGGCUCUGAAGUUCCCCACACGGAUUAACCCAAGCCUUCCAGCGUGCUGUUUUUUUUCCACUCACAGCCGGAGAUCUUUGUGUAUAUUUGUAUAUUUUUUUGUGUGUGUGCGUCCGGCUCCGUGUGUGUGUAUCGGGCUGCCGAUGCCCAGUGCUGCCUGUGGACCUGCCGCAGGACCAGGACCUUUCACGCGAUCAGGAUGCCGCGCUCUUUUCUGGUGAAGAAGAUCAAGCUGGAUGAUUUCUCCAGCUCCUCCCAGCACCACCACCAGCCCCUGGAUGAGUCGCUCACCUUCGCCCGCUCCAUCGGCGACUCCGUCUCCAGCCUGGGCGUCCGGCUCAGCCACAACGGCUACAUCCAGGACUACAUCAUGCCGUCGGUGUACCAAGGGGAGAAAAAGAUGGAGCUGAAGCUGGCGUCGCCGGUGUCGGAGCCUCUGUACCCCCCGUCCAGCGGUGGCGGCGUGGAAGAGUACUGCGACCCCGACCUGGAGCACCCCGACAGCCCGCAGUCCGGCAAGACAGACAGCGGCUUCUACAGCGGCGAGGCCGAGGCGCUCAGCGAGGGCUACACCAUGGAUGCCUUCUUCAUCUCCGACGGCCGCUCCCGCAGACGGGGGUCAGAGGGCACGCAGGGCUGCAGUGGCGCGGGGUCACGGGGGUCGGCGGCGGAGACGGAGACGGCCGAGGACGCCCAGGUGGCCAAGGAGAAGGGCGGCGCACGCGGGCCAAGGCACACCUGCAAUGAAAGCGGCAAGGCGUGCGCCGCGUCGUCCAACCUGAGCCGGCACAAGCAGACGCACCGCAGCCUGGACAGCAAGAUGGCGCGCAAGUGCCCCACCUGCAACAAGGUGUACGUGUCCAUGCCCGCGCUGGCCAUGCACGUGCUGACCCACGACCUCAAGCACAAGUGUCACGUGUGCAGCAAGGCCUUCAGCCGGCCGUGGCUGCUGCAGGGCCACAUGCGCUCGCACACCGGCGAGAAGCCCUUCGCCUGCGCCCACUGCGGCAAGGCCUUCGCCGACCGCUCCAACCUGCGCGCGCACAUGCAGACCCACUCGGCCUUCAAGCACUACCGCUGCAAGCGCUGCAAUAAGACCUUCGCCCUCAAGUCCUACCUGAACAAGCACUACGAGUCCGCCUGCUUCAAGGGCUCCGGCGACGAGGACGACUCCGGCUCCGGCUCCGAGGACAACUGAGGAAGAGCGUCCAGGGACCAUUAUGACAUCACAGAAGAAGGCGGUACGCAGGAGACACAAAUACGGUCCUCUCACUCUCCCUCGCCCACCCGCUCCAUCCUCUUCCUCCUCUUCCUCCCAAUACCCCCCCUUGCCUCUUUUGCACCCCUCCUGUCUUCCUCCUCUCCCCUCUUUUUAAAAAGCAAUAUUUUCACUGAGAUUCUUCAAGGGAAAAAUGAUAACUGUAACGACGAGAUAAUAAGACAGAAGAUGCUGGAUUUUUCUUCAGUAUGAUGGCUAAUCGUCCACAGAGACACAGACACACCCCUACACCACUGAGACAUCUAUGUGCAAAUAUGCACACACACACACACACACACAGACCCCUACAAGUACACACUUGCGCUUUCACACAUUCACACACACACACACACACAAAUCCUCCCUCACUUACCCUCCUGAGGCCUGGCAUGUGAGUUUUCAUCGAUGAUGAUGAUAAUAUUAAUAGUAAUAAUAUUUAGAAUACCAAUAUUUUAUAGCAAAUCAUAUGGGAAAACCAGAAAAAAAACACAAGAAGGACCGCAACAGUGUUCUUUCCUUUUUUAGAAAUGAAAAAUGACCUCUUGUAUUUUUAUGCUGCUUUUCUUUCUUUUAUUUUGCUAAGAAUUGAAUUGUUUUGCAACUGCCAACAUGAACUUUUUAAUGAAAAUGUAAAAACGUGAAAAAAGACAGUAUUUGCAAAAAGAGGCCACUGAAAAGUUGAAAACUUUUUUUUGUCACUCAAGUCUUUUAAUUCAACAGUGUUAUUUUUCUAUUGCAAUUCUAAUGAUUUCUAUGUAAUAUUUUUUGUGCCAAUCAUUUCCUAAUAACUUGUCAAAAGCAAUCUUUGUGACUGUGGGGAGUUGGUGGACUGUGUCCAGAGGAACUUCCGCUCAACACACUUUUGCAUGCUGCCGGAUAAGUCUUUCUUAGAGCUUAAAUUGGUGCAGACUGACCAGCUCUGUACGAAGCAGAGGUCAAUUCACGAUAGGACCGACAAAAAGCAAUUCCCAACUGGCCGCUGAACGGCUAGGGUGCCUGGGACAGUGUUCACAUAGAACUAGGGGUCAUUUCAAACGCUAGCCGUAAAAGUUUCACUGUUGCACUUGGUUAACAGGUUAUGGUUCUACAAUACAUGACAAGAUUUGAUUUCAGUAUACAUCAGUACAUAAGGAUCACAGGCUAACUGGGACUGAGAUCACAGACUUCCAAACCAAAUAAGCUAAGGUGCUAGCACAGCGCCACACCUUCAAGCAAUGACCAGCUGAUCGACCGGUCGGUCUUCCUCUCGCUGUCUCAAUGACCAGCUGAUCAACCGGUCUUCCUCCCGCCGCCGCAGUGGGUCCUAAUCAGGGUUCCAGUGACCCAGGAAGUACUUCUCCUCCUCUUCCUCCUUCACACUUACCUCAGCACAGAGGAAGGCAUGGACUCGUACACCCUCAGUUACAAAGGCCACCGUCCGUCAUCUCCUUUAUUUCUGUUGCGCUGAAAGCGUGCUUCCUGUCUUUCUAUGAACUGCAUCCUUCACACCACGUCUAUUUAUUUCACUUGUCUAUUUAUUAUUUAUUUAUUUAUUUAUUUAUUUACUUACUUAUUUGUAAUUUAUUGAUCCAUGUAUUUAUCUAUUUAUUAUUAAUUUAUUCAUUUGUAUGCUGGAAAUUGAGUCUCAACUGACCUUGUAAGAUGCUGCUGAUCUACAAAGAAAUUGUUUAUAUGCAUGACAAACUGUAGAGUCCACUGGACUUAUAGUCUUUUUCAAGAGGAACAAUGUGCAGCAUUGGGACAAGCUGAAUGCAGAUGAAUCUCUAUGUGUUUUACGGGCAAUAACUUCCUUGGUAUGGCAAUUAACUUGUAUAAUCAUAGCUGUCCUGUUCGCAGACAACUGAGGGCAAUAAACUAAACAAAAUGUACAAAGAAA